AUGCUCGUGCACUGCUCCGCUGGCGACCUGGUGGGUGAGGCCGGGCAGCUUGUCGAGGACCUCGUCUUUAUCGUCAAUGGCGAGCUGGUGGCCCGUUUCAGCGCCGACUGGCCGGACACAUUGGACGUCCCCACCGAUGACUUGGUCCAUGCCGGGUCUGACGAGCCGGUGCCACGACGCCCUUCCAACGACCGCCGCACCAGCGUCGACCUCACGCAGGGCAUCGGCGGCCAGAGGAUCUUGCGCAAGGGCGCCUGGUUCGGCGAGGCAAGCGUUAUGGGCAGACGGCAUGUCCGCACCGCGAGCAUCAUCGCACAGCAGCCUACGGAGCUGGCGGUGCUGAACAAGGAGGAGUACAACCGGGUCAUGAACAAGUACCCCUCGAUGGCGAAGAGGCACGACCGCCUCGUGCAGGAGAUGGGCAAUUCCACCGUCUGCCUCGCGGACAUCUCGUGGAGCGAGACGCCCUCGGCCUUCCAGCACUCCGCCACCUGGGCGCGGCGCAGGAGCAUGGAGGCCGCUGGCCUGCCGGCCGCCGGCCUCAUGCGCGGUGGUCUGGUCGGGCCGGUUUGGACCGAUCGGUCCCCAGCGAUGCCCAGGAGGGCAAAAAGCACACAGACACAAUGA